UCGUAGCCACUUUCUUCUGCCCGGAAUUAAUUUUUUGAACGUUGCAAUCCACUUGUCUAACAAACCAUGUGAGAUUGUAUAGUGGUUAAAAAUUUGUCUCUCUCAUAAUGCCCCUCCCACCGACGCAACACUUCUCUCUCCGCUUCAUCUUCCAAAUCGGCGACUGUAACGCAACCCAGUGUCGAAAUCAAGCUACAAAUCGUCUACUGCCUAAGAAACUUCCACGUUUCCACACGUUACCAAUGUCCCGCAGCAACUAUUGCCGGUUCCCCUCAAUCACCCCCCUGCACGACGACGCCCAACCGACGCAGCACCAGUGACCAACAAUGGAUCUCGCCGAAAAUCAGGUUUCAGAUAUGGAAUGCGUGAGCAAGUUCGUCACAUUCAAUGCAAUAACAUUUGGUAUCCUGCUGCCUAUCGGAUGCAAAUACGCCGAUAUUGUUGAGAUGAUAUACUCCAAGCUAAAAUUGGACAGAAUGGCUUCUAUCUAUCGGAUUGAAGUCGACACUGCAACGUUUGUGACGUUUGAUGUGUUUGCUCACGACAAAGAUGAUGAUCCCUAUGUAUUUGACAUGGUGGAGUAUGCCGGGUGCUUCUCGCAAGUGCCACAUAAGAACUCUUCCAGGGUAAAGACUAAGAUUAGGUGGGGAUUGACUGAGCUAUCAGAGGAUUUGGAUUGUUUAAAUGAUGAAUAUAUAUUGAUUACAUCGGUGCCAAAAGUUGGGGGAGAAGGUAUUACCAUUGGUGGUAUCAAGAUCAUUUAUGUUUCUUGAAUGUGUUUUCUUUGUCAAGAAUAAUGUUAAGCUGCUUUUGGAUUAGUUGUGUGAGUAAUUCUGUUUGGCAAUAAUAAUAGAUUAAUUUGGUAUUAAUUGAAAUUUUGAAUGCAAUAUACUUUAUGUAUAUCA